AAGACUCUGGUUUUCGCUGAAAAGUGAGUGCUCCUACAUCCCAUAAUAAUAUUUAUUCCGGCAGUGUUCUUCCCACUUUCUUACCGUCUCUCACUCUCGCUUCUUCCUUGAUGAAGUUGAAAACUAAACGUUGGUUCCUGACAGGAAGCUGCCGGUCAGCUCUGUAAUGAAGAAUCAGCCCUACGACAGCCAGGUUAACCUCAUGACGACUUCAACUGUCCACUGAGAUUUCAACACUGCAGUAAGCAUGAAUGUCCAAGUCAUCUACCCGCUGGUGGCCGUUACUCUGCUGGAGAUAAUCAUAUUUGUGAGAGUUAGCUCCCAUGGCAAUCGCUGGAGUCUUUGUGACAAAGUAGAUCAGCUGAAGCAAGGAGCUGGCCUGAGAUCAAUGGCGGUGAAUCAAUGCAUUACGUCUGAUCAGGAACGUGCUGCGCAGCCGAUGACAAAGUGUCGUGAUCCCGGCUCUAUGGUUCAGGUCACUACCGAGAGUAUGGGCAGCAGGAUUAAAGCUACCAUCUCAGCUUGUCCGAAUGUCUUAAAAGUACUCGUGUAUGUGGACGCUCCUGGAUAUUUUGAACGUGGUGCCGCUGCUAACGAAAAGACCAUCUCCUGCUUUAGACCUCACAGCACCCUACUCGUUCAGCAGCCAAUGAAACGAGUGAAGGUCACUCUGGUCAGUGCGGAGCAGCCGUCGGAUACCAUCUUUAAACUGAAACUGUCUUGGAUGUAUCAAUACUUGACCGACAAUAACACAACCAAAUGGUCCACUGUACACGAACAAUUAGCAUGUUUUGGAGACCCAACUUCACUGCGACAGCACUCCGCCGAGUUGGCGAGGGAGAGACGAUCUCAUCCACAAUCUACUCAUGUGUCUUCGGCUCAUGCUGAGAAAGUGUGUGGCAAAGAUCAAAGCUGUGUCAGAUUCGGAAAUGAUAACUGCAGCCAUCUCCAAUGUGAUUAUCUUCUAACAUACAGCAUCAAAAAUUUGACAUUUCUAGAACUUGAGAUUAGCGGAAAAGCAACUGGCUGGCUGGCUCUGGGACUUUCAUCAGAUGAUAAAAUGGGCGGUGAUGGGGUCAUAGCCUGCAAGCGGAAAUCUGUAGGCGACAAGGAGCUGGAGUCUGUCACCAUGUGGAUCAAUCUGGCCCACUCCAGACCAAAAGUGAAAGAAAAUAUGUACACUCUAGUUGCUCAGAACUCCACAGACGGUUACAUCUAUUGUAAGAUGACGUCCUCUCUGUCGAAAAAAGGCACAGACUCAGACACAACUUUAGACUUGACCAAUAAUUGGUAUCAAUUUUACGCCAAAGGAGAGUUGGACCGAACUGGCCUGAUGUUGAAACACAACGAGUUGCCUCCCAUCUCUGUCAACACUAUCAGCAUGCUCCGUCACGUCAACAUCUACAGCAGGCUGUACAGACAGCUGGACAGCGCCUCCUGCUCUCUUCACCGCCUCAAUUUAUUCCUCUCCCCGGCGGUGUUUCUGGCACUUGUGCUAUUGUAUUGAACCGCCUCUAGUGCCAGCCGCUGCUUUCCAGGCACUGGAUGAUCUGACAAUUAAAUCCACAAGUUUUCGAGCUCUCACAGUGGGAAGCAAGUGCCAUAAGAUGGGGGGAAAAGGGGGACAAAAUCUAAAGUAUACAAAAAGUUUGCUGUAUACUUUAUGCUGCACGCAACUAACUCUCUAUAAUUCUUUCGAAACGAAACUUUAGCAUCGCUCAAAUAUGUUUUUUAUAAUACUAUAAUGUAAGAUAUCAGUCAUUUUUGUAAAUGUGUGCAUCUUUUUUAUUUUCAAACAAAACUCUUUCAUUGCUAUGACAGCUACAGUAUUAUUUUAAAAACCGUUUAAAUUGUUGAUGUGAUAUUAUUUUUACUUUCGUAUAUAGUAUGUGGUAUGGUCACUGACAACACUAGAAGCAUCAAUUCAUAUAUGUAAUAUGCCUACAUCAAAGGUAGACGCGUUUAGCCUGUGUCAGUCUCUAUGCUUAGCAUUCCAAAGAAAUUUGCCAAGUUUGGUCCAGCAAGUAAAGUACAGAUAUACAAAUAAUAUGUUUUGAAAGUGUCGCACACGCCUAAAAAAAUGAAAUUAAUCAAUGGCUAAAAACAGGCAGCUUACCAAUAAGUGGUGUUGAAAGGAUGGAAUACCGGGUGGUCGCCCUAAUGCCUGCUCUCGAAUCGCUUGUCCUGAGAUCGUCCUUAUAAAGACUUUGUCAACCCAAAUAGAUGGUAUUUGUCAAAAAUUGGGAACUAAAAAUUACGUUCAGAGAGAAAUUCUUUUGUUAGUAAAUAUGGCGCAUUCAUUCUUUACUCGUUUAAAAAAAAAACUACAUUAGUAAGCAAAUUUUUACGCCAAAGUCCAACAUCAUUAUAAAUUAUAUUUAGUAAAGUUUUCCCUUUCAGACCUCGAGGGCAGAUGAUGUUAAGGUCAUCUGUUUGUAUGGCCAAUGGUAAACGAGCAGGGUGUCUUGUGGCCAGCACAACGACCAACCGUCUUUACUUUCCCCAACUAAAGUCAGGUAUAAAUUAGAGUUGGCUGGACUCCCAAGAAAAAAAAAAUCCCAAUUUUCAAAAACCUAGUCUUCACUAAGAUUCGAACCAAUGACCCCAAUUUCGAAAGCCAAGCGCUUAACCACUCUUCCAUCGUGCGCACCCCAAUCUUUAUAUUAUUUUACUGUUUUAAAAAGAUAGAUUCUUAAUAGCAAAGGCUACCAACAAUUAAGACACUAAUUAUUUUUUUUAGCGAAAUUAAUCCAACCUUAGAUUUACAGCAAUUGCUAAAUUGGUACUAUGGGGUCCGGUCCUGUGUAUUUCUGAACGGCCUCUGAGUUUAUUUAGUUAUGUUUGUUAAUUUGUAAACAGCUAUUAUAUUUCAUAUAUAGUUGAUACAUUUUAAUAAUAAGAUUGUAUGUCUUAAUAAUUUAGUCACAAUCGUUUACAUGCAAAUAUAGCCUAGUUUGUCAUAUGAAACAUAGUUUAGUAAACUAUAAUAGAUCUAAAUGAUAUCACUGUCACAUUGCUAUGCUAAGAUAUAAGUUUUAAAUCUAUUUUAUGCAUUGUAUUGAACUUGGUACUGCAGGUAGCUAAAGAAAAACAAAACCUUCAGAUCAACUAUUGUAUUCUGUGCUGUACACCAAUGUGUUUGUAAAUAAAUGUCAAAUGUCCGAUUAUUUUAUAUCAAUAAAAUAUUUUUUAGAAAA